AUGCCUACGUCAGCCAACAUAAGCGGAUCCCUUGUAUCCCAAACUGCUAACAAACAGUCAACCAAAAUCACACCGAGUCACAGCAGGGGAGUCUCUGUAGAUUCUUCACAGGACGGCGAUGAUGACGGAUCACUAAGAAAGAACCACAGCUACAAACGCGCCGAAGAACCGCCGCGCAACGAAGACGGCAAGAUGGUGUGCAAGUAUCAAGGAUGUCGUGGUACAUCUUUCGACCGAAAAUGCGACUGGAGCAAGCACAUGGACAAGCAUGAUCGUCCUUACAAGUGCAACGUGAAAGGAUGCGAAAAGCUUCAAGGCUUUACUUACAGCGGUGGCCUUCUCCGUCACGAGCGUGAAGUUCACAAGAUGCAUGGUGGCCCCAAGAAAUCACUCUUCUGCCCGUUCCACGACUGCAAACGCAGCUCGGGCGCCGGCUUCACACGCAAGGAGAAUCUGGCGGAGCAUGUCCGCCGCGCACACCGGAGAACAUCAAUGUCUGCAGAUACGCAUGGUUUGAUCAUCCGCCGCGACGUGCCCAGGCGCGAGAUGGAAGAUUCGCCCACCGCUAAGUCACGCUCCUCAGAGUCACCCUACAAUGACCUCGACGAGGACGGCAUUGAGGAGGACCUAAGUCUGAAGCGCAAGCGAGUAGGAUCGGACUCUGGUGUUUCAGAUUGUGGAAACGACGAGAUGCGCUCUGAGAUCAAGCGUCUUCGACAAGAGAAUGAGGAGAAGGACUCACGACUACGGCAGCUAGAGCAGGCUGUCAUGGUUUUACAGCAGCGUCAUAAAUAA